GGGGGUGUGGGGGGACUUGGGUCCUGGUGUUGGAGGAGAGAGGAGCUUGUUCAGCCCAGUCUGGAGUGGCAUACUUGGUUCAGCCCAAAGACACAGGCUUCUAAAGGGAGUUCCUAAAGAAUGGACUUUUACCAGUACAGAUGAACACUAUCUAUUCAACUUAUACUUUGGAGAACACUGAACAGGUCCACCUUCUUUCUGUCAUGAGUGCAAGUUGACUUCUCCAGGGUUUCCUUGGCUUCUGGAAAAUCAGUCACUGUAUCUUAUUCAAUAUACUGAAUUUAGUGAGGUACUGAAUACUAUUAAUACUACUAUUAAGAGCUUAGCCUAGACAUUAGCAGGUAAUGUGAGGAUCUCACCUACACGGCAUCCAAGAAUGCACAACAAUAUGUGAGGAGGCUAUCAUUCUGGCUAUACAUGAAGAAAGGAAGAGAACAAUGUGGAAAACUGGGAAUUAUAAAGGAGAAGAUGGAUUUUAGAGGGAAAAAAAUGAACCUGGGAGUCAAGAUAUGGUGGGCUCUAUUCCCACCUCUCCAAACAAUCAGUUGUGUGACCUUGAACAACACCCUUACUUUUCUGAGCAUGUUUCCUCAUCUACAAAUGAGUGAGGCUUAGUUGCAUGUCACCUGAGGUUUCUUCUGUUUAUAAUAUUCUAGGUUGUUUCUAGUAAUAAAAAGUAUAUAUGAAUGAUGUUAACUAGAUACUUAAUUAUUGAGGAAAUAGAGGAAGAGACUAAUCUAGUGCUUGAUGGUAUGUUUCUACUCUCAUAAGGUGAGGUGGGGAUCUAUAAGAAAAGAAGAUAUAGACUGGAAGAAAAUAUGGAAUUCAUGAGAUUUUGAGUUUGGGGAAAUGAGCUUUAGAAAGAAACAAAUAUGAUAAUAAAUAAGCUAUUUUUAGCUGUCAGAGCAACAAUGUCAGGUUGAUUGUAAUGGAAAAUGAGAAACAAAUUGUGAAAUGAUGAAAGGGUAUCUGUGACUUUCUGUGAUUUCUAUGCUAUACCACUGUUUCAUAUUCAUAGACCAGAAAGGGAAUUCAUUCAUUGACAAUAUUGAUUUAAUAAUACCUCUUGCCAAUUAGACUUGAUCUUGAAAUGUAUCCUAUGAACAGAUGAUGAGUACAGCAAACACAUGAUCUUUAUACAUUUUAGAAUUAGGACUUCUGAUGGCUAAUGCUAACUCUCUUUUGCCUUUUAGCUUUCAGAAGGAACAGAGGACUGAAUGGUGGGGAAUCACUCUGGAGUCAUCAAAUUUUACAUUGAAGGUUUUUCUGGUUCUCCAGAGUUCCGUCACACACUUUUUGCCAUAUUCUUCUUCUCCUUCUUUGUGACUAUAAUGGGAAAUGUGAUAAUCAUUGUGAUUGUCUGUGCUGAUCACAGACUACACUCUCCCAUGUAUUUCUUUCUUGGUCACUUGUCUUGCCUGGAUGUCCUGAUUACUUCCACUCUCAUUCCACCAAUGCUAGGGGGCCUGCUAAUGUCUGAGUUACUGACCAUGUCUUUCUCUGCCUGUUUCACUCAACUCUUCUUGUAUCUCUCUUUUGGAACAACAGAAUUAGCAUUACUUGGAAUAAUGGCAGUGGAUCGUUAUGUAGCUGUUUGUAACCCCCUGAGAUACAACAUCAUCAUGAACAAUCAAGUUUGUAUCUCAGUGGUGACUUUGGCCUGGGUACUUGGGUUUCUUAUUGAAAUCUGGCCAGUCUAUGCUACUUUUCAACUCCCCUUCUGCAGAUCAACUGUUGUGAACCAUUUUUACUGUGACAGAGGGCUAUUGCUUAAGCUUUCCUGUGAAGACACAGCUUUCUUAGAGUUUAUUCUCUUCUUGAUGGCUGUUGUUAUCCUCUUUGGCUCUUUGCUUCCCACUCUCAUCUCCUAUACUUAUAUAAUCUCCACUAUCCUGAAGAUCUCUUCAGCCUCUGGCCGAAGAAAAGCCUUUUCUACCUGUGCCUCUCACUUCACCUUUGUAAUAAUUGGCUAUGGAACCUGCUUAUUUCUUUAUGUGAAACCCAAGCAGACCCAGGCAGCUGAGUAUAACAGGAUUGUCUCCUUAAUGAUUUCAGUGGUAACCCCAUUCCUGACACCCUUUAUCUUCACUCUGCGGAAUGAUAAAGUCAAAGAAGUUCUGAGAGAUGGGAUGAAGCACUGCUAUCAUCUCUUUAAGGGAUCUUGAAAAUCAGAACCCCCAAGUUGUGAAUGGUCAUUAGCUCCACACUUUCUACCCAACGCCUUCACAUCUUGUACUACAGUUACUGGAAAAAUAACAAAUGAACAUUUAAGUCUGAAUGAACUAAUCUAGGGCCAACAAAUGAGAAUCAGAAGAAAAAAUAUGUAUAUUCAUGGAGUAUAAUACCAUAACUCAAAACAACUGUUUCAAUACAGUCGAACUCAAUUUAAUGGCAGUACCCAGAGGACAGAAGCUGAAAUACACAUCCCUUCUCUCAAAGAAAAUUUUUGCAUAAACUAUCAGAAGAAGUCACUGCAUAAGUUGGUUUUGCUUAAAAGUGAUUUUCUUUAUAAGAAAACACAUAUGUGUGUGAGAGUUGUUGUGUGAGUAUGUUUUUUUCAGAAUGUCUAUGGAAUAAAACAAUGGUCUUCAAACUUCAAACUCCUUUGAUCAAAUGCCUUAGUAAAAUGUUAUUAACACCACCAACAUAUGCAUAUUUAUUCAUUAAUUAUGUAAAUGUAUUUGUAUGUUUAUAAUUUUAC